GGCUGUGUAUGAGAUUGAUACUUUUUCUCCAUCAAUUUCAGGCUUUGUAGAAUUGCAGGAGGUAAGGAAUUGCUAACAUAUGAUCCAUCCACUGAUUAGAUUAUGGUGACAAUGAAAAAGAAAAUUUGUAAAUUGCAGCCAUUUAAAAAAUAUUUGCAAAUUGCAGCCCAAAUGUUCUUAUAAAUUGUAAAUUACAGCUUGAUUCAACUUUUUCAUCGGUUUACGUGUUGAAAAAUAUUCGGUUAAGGUUUUAGGUGUCAUAUUAGCUUUUAAGGGUCCGAAUUAAACUCGAAAUUAGCAAAACAAUACGAUGGUAAAAGUGUGUUACGUAAUAAAACAUGACCUUUCAAAAGUCAAAAGCGAGAACUUAACAUGGACAAGAUUUUUACAUUAAUUUAAGUUAUUUUAUUCCAUUCUCAAACUUUUCACAUUGUUUUCACCAAAUAUCAUGCUUUUAUUUUUAUUUAUUUAUUUAUAUUAUCCUCAUGAAGGCAAUUUUUUUUUUCACUAGAUUAAAAAUUACUUGAAGUAAUUCGGGAUACUCACUAGUUUUUUUUUUUUUUUUUUUUUUUUUUUUUAUUUUUUAAGGUUAUUAAAAAACAUGAGUCAUAUGACAAAAUUAGCUUCAUCUGAAUCAUCUCAUGUUCAAAUUUGCCGUGUAAUAUACAAUCACUAUAUAUGUUAAUAAAGCGUCUAACACUAAUUAAGAAUUAUUAAUAUUACCUUUAGCACUCCAAUUUGUGAAGCUGAAGAAACCACGAAGCUGGUGGCUGGUGGCUGAUGGCUAAGACAGUAGUAAGAUUGCAUGGAACUAUUCAAAGCUUCAAACUAAGACUGCAUAAAGCUACUUAGCUUGGUGGCUGCACGUUUUAUUUUCAUCAUCCUCUUAUUAUUAGUUAUUAUACAUUUAUCCAACCACUCCAUAACCACACAUACAUACGCUUACAUAGCUAUAUAAACUGCAUCUCUUCCUCCAUUUCUCUUCAUCCUUAUUUCCUACAUCUUUAACACGAAAAUCGAGUAUACGAAAACUCCUUAGCAAAGAAAUUACAUCAUAGUAAGCCUGAGUGAAUCUUUUUGCUUCUGUGAGUGAAUAUGUUGACGAGUUUGAUUCUUUGCAUGUUCGUGCUUGUUUCCAUGGCAUGUGUGUAUACUACUUCUGCCUCGUCGUUGUCCCUAAAGGUGGGAUUUUAUCAACGGACUUGUCCCUCGGCAGAGGCAAUUGUGAGGAAUGUAGUUAACAAUGCGAUUGCAAGGAAUCCUAACUUAGGAGCUGGGCUUAUCAGGAUGCAUUUCCAUGAUUGUUUUGUUAGGGGUUGUGAUGCUUCGAUCUUACUUGAUUCAACACCGGGGAACCCAGCUGAAAAAGACAAUGUAGCAAACAACCCGAGUAUGCAGGGGUAUGAUGUAAUUGAUGAGGCAAAGAAACAACUUGAAGCUAGAUGCCCACAAACUGUCUCUUGUGCAGAUAUCAUAGCCUUUGCAGCACGUGACACCGCCUUCAAGCUAGGAGGGAUUAACUAUGAUGUACAAUCAGGUCGACGUGAUGGGAGAGUCUCUCUUAAAAAUGACCCGAACCAAAACCUACCUGCACCUUUUUUCAACUUACAACAACUUCAAAAAAGCUUUGAACGAAAAGGGCUUUCCGUAGAGGAAAUGGUCACCCUUUCCGGGGCACACUCUAUUGGAGUCUCACAUUGUUCUUCUUUCACCAAAAGACUUUACACCUUCAAUGCUACAAACCCACAAGACCCUUCAAUGGAUCCUAGAUUUGCUAGUAUGUUGAAAUCCAAGUGUCCUAAAAAUCCUCCUAACAAUGUUGAUCAUACCGUCUUUCAAGACUUAAUCACACCUAAUAGAUUGGACAACAAAUAUUAUCAAAAUCUGCAAAACAAAAGGGGAUUAUUCACCUCCGAUCAAACUCUUAUGACUAACCCUAGGAUUGUGAGUGUGGUGAAGAACUUCGGUUGGCAAGGCAAUGUUUGGGCUAAUAAGUUUGGUAAAGCUAUGGUUCAUAUGGGUUCUAUUGAAGUUCUAAGUGGCCUUGAGGGUGAAGUUAGAAAGAAUUGUAGGGUUAUUAAUUGAUAGAUUUUGAUAAAGGGAUAUUCUUGAUUCUUUUUGGAUUGGAGUGAGAUUGUUGUAUGAUUUUUUUGUUUCUUUUAUUUCUUUUGAUUUUGAUUUGCAAGUGUAUUUAAGUUUGUUAUUUUCAUUUGUAAAUUAUUACAAAUUACAUUAAUAAAUUAUUAAAUUUUUUGUUUUGUCAAUUAUAUGUAGCAAGUUAGCAACUAUGGAUUAUAUUUUUAAACAUAUCCUUUUUUGCUAAAAAUUGAAGUACAUGUAGUAAAUUAAUUAGUAAGAUAUAAGCAAAGCUUGGCCUUUGAUACUAGCCUUUUAGGCUAACAACCCUUUGAUAUGUAUUUCGAUCUUCAAGAUUUAUCGUUAUAUCUUUGUUUUAGAUACUUAA